GGGGGGUGCGCGACAUGGACACCGAAGUCAGGGUUUAGAAUUUCAGUACAGCUUCGGAUAGCUGCGAAGCGCUGCUUUGUUAGAUCUCCAAUUGUUUACAGAACCGAUUUUUUUUAAUAUACACCGCGACUAUAAUCGCUUAUAUGAAUUAUAGGAACCGGAUUUAUUUAAGAAACCAGAUUCUUAGUUAGGAACUCACAAAAGCGCACUAAACGACGCAACAGUAUAAUAUUACAAAGAGAAAGAAUUAAAAAAUAAACUUGUGACUUGUGAACUUUGUGUUUGAAGUGAGUGAUAUAAAUUAAAAUAAUAAUUUAAACUGUGACAUGAACGAAGAUAUAUAAAAUAAACAUUAGGUUAUCCAAGCUAUGGAUUGUGAAAAACUAACCAAAAUCACACAACCAACCAAAGACAAAGUGAACCGUUCAAAAACGAAACCGUAAGCGCAAAAUGACAGCACAAAAACUAUCUCCCGCCAAAAGAACUGUCAAAGUGACAUUGUGUGUGACAUUACCACGAGGGUAAAUAAUGGUGACCCUGAUGCCGUGUAGCUACCUCGGAGGGGGCGCCUCCCCACGCUGCAGCUUGGACCACGCCGAGCCAAAGGCAAAAAGGCCAAGACCUGACACGGGCACCGAUGUAUCGGAUCGACUAUCUGGCGAAGUCAACACAAGCCCCUGCGAAUCAGAAUCAACAUCAAAUUCCCCACCAUCGCUGCUGCAGGAUGCGACAUUGCCAGCUCUCUUAGUAUCUGGGGCAUCCACGUUGUUCCAGAACACAACCACGACCACCAACACAGCGCUGAGUUUAUCAGCUGUUGACAGCUUAUGUUUGCCUGGUACCUCAGAGGUUGAAAGCUGUAGUUUGGCGAACGGAUGCUCAACGAGUUCAUCGCUCGGGCUGGCAUUGCCGUUGACGUCGACCGGAGGACUUUGUUCUACCUCCUCGUCGGCUGCGGUCGCCUGGUUGAUGAAUGAAGAUAGUGCGGGUGGUGUAAAGAGCGAGGUCCGUAGCCCGGGCCUUUGCGAAGCAGACGUGGCGCUGUACGGCGAAACGCUGCCGUACGACCAGUCCACGCUGCCCUACCAGUAUUAUAAUAGCAUGCAGCAAUAUGGUAGUGGCAGCGCGGCCUCGUCGUACGUCAGCUCGUCGCUGUACAACCAGCCGUACGGCGCGUACCCACCACAACAUAAUACAACUAACAGGUCAUCAUGCAAAGCAACGCCGACGUACUUGAGUGCUUACGGCGUGAGUGGAGUUAGUGGAGUGCCUAGCACCGGGUUUGGAACGCAGCCUUCACCUUACGCCUAUUCUUCGUACAACGGAGGAUUGGCACAAUCUUUUCCUACCGCACAACAGGACUACAGCAGCUAUGCGGCAGGCUACGCGGACCACAAUGUGGCCCAAUACAGCGGAUACUACGCUACACCUAGUUAUUCUCCUUACGUAAGCUCGCCGAGCAGCAGCGGCAGUGCGGGACACACUUCAUAUCAUUUAGGAGGAGCUUUAUCAGAAUCACCAUCAUCAAUGCUGCCAUCAAUAAAUGACACAAGUCCGCUGUCUCCCAUCAAAACAGAAGUACAUGCAGCCAGUAGAAGAUGUAGAGAGAAUUCAGGGGAAAGCACAGCCUCACGUUCCCGUGGUCGUGGCAGACGCAACACAUCCUCGUCUCCAGCCCAACAUGUACCGGAGCCGGCCACCGACAGAGUGUUCAUCUGGGACCUGGACGAGACCAUCAUCAUCUUCCAUUCACUACUCACUGGGACUUAUGCUACUAAGUACAAUAAGGACACACAACAAAUAGUUCAAUUGGGAUUUAGGAUGGAAGAAAUGAUAUUUAGUUUAGCAGAUACACACUUCUUCUUCAAUGACGUUGAGGAUUGUGACCAGGAGCACAUAGACGCAGUAGCGGCAGACGAUAACGGUCAAGAUCUCUCCGCGUACAACUUCGCAGCGGACGGGUUCCACGCCGGCGCCGCUCCUAACACGGGCUUAUGUGCGCCUGGUGUAAGAGGCGGCGUCGACUGGAUGAGGAAACUCGCAUUCAGAUACAGAAAAAUUAAGGAUACGUACAAUAAUUAUAGAAAUAGCGUCGGUGGUCUACUAGGUCCCGCUAAACGCGAGCAAUGGUUACAACUACGCGCCGAGCUGGAACAGGCGACGGACAACUGGCUCACUCUCGCCUGCAAGUGUCUCAAUAUGAUCAACUCCAGAGAGAACUGCGUGAACGUGCUGGUCACGACGACGCAGUUAGUGCCCGCGUUGGCGAAGGUUCUACUGUUUGGACUGGGGGGAGUCUUCCCCAUAGAGAACAUAUACUCCGCUACUAAAACCGGCAAAGAAACAUGCUUCGAAAAAAUAAAGCAGCGUUUCGGAGAGCGAUGUACGUACGUCGUCAUCGGUGACGGACAAGACGAGGAGGCGGCCGCCAAAGCAAAGAACUACCCAUUCUGGAGGAUAUCCAGCCAUUCAGACAUCGCGGCCCUCUACAACGCGCUUGACAUGGGCUUCUUAUGAUCUACUGGUACCCUGGUACUCGGGCUAUACAAAACGGUUACUUUCGCGACAUUUUCUACCCGAAAAGACAUUAUUUUUGCUAUUUUCAGAGAGAUAUUAAUUAUUUUAAUGAUAUUAUUCUUCAUUUUACUGAAUGAAAAGGAAAUAGAAAUAUGUAUUUAUUUAAUUUCGGUCUAAUAUGGAAUUUAUGGAAGUUUUAAAUACAUUAUUGUACUAAGAUUCAACUUCCUAUAGUCUGAUGCUGUCCUGGUACUGCACAGAUCUAAAAAAUAUUUUUGGCCAUCAAUAAUUAAUUACUUCAAGUACUAGAUGAAAAAUUGAUAAAAUUACAGAGCUUCCUUCCAAAAGCCAAAUUUUUGAUACUAAAACGCUGUUAGAAAUACUGUUUCUGAUUUAUUUUAUAGAUGUCUAUAAAAAGAUGAAAAUUGAAGAAAUUUUUUAAUAUAUAAAACGACAAAAUUUUGAAAUUUUGUCGUUUAAAAAAAGACACGACUAUCUGAAACACUAGGCGGUGAUAUUCUAAGAUUAUACUUUGAUUCCUACGUAUCUAAUGUACGGUGGCCAGCAGAUAAACCUAUACCUAAUUUCUUUAUUGCAUUUUCAACUUUAUUAUUUAUACAUAUAUAAAGUCGAAAAUGUAAUGAAUAAAUUUGACAAAUUCGAGUAGGCUGUAGUUGCUGGCCACUAUACCGAGAACUACCCAUGAUACCUGUCAUCAGGUAACGGAAAAACAGAUUUGAGUACUUUGUUAAUCAAAAACCAAGAUGCGAGUUCAAAAGUAGGACAAAUGAAUCUCAGAUGCGUCCAAUAUAUUGAAAUAGAAUUUUAAACAAUAUGGAGACCUUUACAAAACGAAUGUCGAUUCUUAAACUAUAAUAUUAGUUAGAAACAAUUCAUAGCUAUAUUAUCAACGAAAUAUUUUUAUUUAUGACAUAUUAUUAUGCAAGUUGAUAAUUUUAUUUUUUUAGUUCCAUACAUUUUAUAAAUAUUUUGUGGGUCUCAUUCUUCAGUCUUAAUGUAGAGAAGUUUUGUACAGAGAGUGCAUCACUAGAGGCGCUGGUGUCGCUUAAAGUCUAUAACGAAAACGAUUGGACUAAUGAACCCAUACUUCUCUAGCGCCAUCUCUUGAGCGUAUAAUCGAAAUCCUUCCUUAGAUUAUGUGCUUCAAAAAGUUUAUACACACAACCCGCCCACAAAAUGUAUAUAAAAUGUACGUUCGUCGGUUAGUCCAUAACAUUUCAUGGCUCCAUAAAAGUACAUUUUCAUAAAAACAUUAGUUUCGGAGCCAGUUAUUUAAAUAUAUUAAUUAUUUUAGUUUAUAAAAGCUCAAAGUCAGCUCAAAAUCUAAUGAAACUAAAAGAAAUAAUAUGUUUUUGUAAAUAUUUAUUGAAAAUAGUAGUGUCAUAGUGUUUUGUAAGUCCAUUCCUACUCUAAGUUUUAUAUAAUCUUUACUAUGUACAGAAAAUUGAAGUAAUUUUUAGGACAAUGUAUAGAAUAAAAUGUUCUUAUUGUUUUCCGUUUCUGGACGUUCUUAAAAGGCUUGUGUUUAAAGCAAAUUCAAGUAAAAUUUGCCUGUUAUUUCUUAAUUCACAUUAUUAAAAUUGGAAGAAUGACUAAGUAUAUGCUAAUAUGUGCGAAUUGUUUCUAUUUUUAUGGGAAUGCUAUUUACAGUUAUUUUUUUAUCACUGAUAUAAAAACAAUACUUUAAGUUGAUUGACAAACAUACAAGUAAAGUUAAAUAGAGAUAGCUUUUAACAAUUUAGAGUUGAUAAUUAUGUUUUUCGGCUGCCUCACGUUAUUAUUUGACGAGGAAAUCGACUAGUUCUAAGCCAUACUAGAGAAUAUAUUCAUGAGCAGCAUCCCGCGACGCGGCGACUGUAGCAGGGCGAUAGUAAGUUUGCCGAAAAACAUAGUAAUACAUUUUUUAUGUCUCCCGAAAGUAAUAAUAUUAAUUUAAAAUUGCUUAUAAUGAUAUACCUUUAUACCCAGGGUGGAUGGAAAAUCCUCAUAUCAAUUACAUGAAGACAAACAUAAUUAAGGGUGGGAGAGCUUCGGCUCCACCGGAGUGAUACUACGGCCUCACAGAAAACCGACAAGAAGCAACGUUUGUUUCGUCGUGAGAGUCAGGU